AUGGGUCUCGACUACAAGCUCGAUUUCCAGUUCCCCCGGGGACCCAUUCACCUGCCCGAUAUAACCGAGGCGUUUGCCACGCUUCCAAUAUCAUUAAUCAAGUCUAUUAACGUGGAAGAUUACAGCCUUCACAGAAUUACCGUGGAAGAGCCUGAGGAUAUGGUCAAGCUUUUCUUCGAGGAGCUCCAGAUCGCACUGGGACCUUCGUCUCCUGGCCGUAAAUGGAGCGCCAGCCAUGUUCUGGCGGCAUGGAAGCACACUUCGAAUAUUGAGACUGGAGAUAUUAAUACGUCGAUUUCCGAAUGUGGAGGCCUCGUCAACUUGGCCAAGCGAAAGGCAUAG